UUAAAAGAUGAAGCAUUGCCCGACUCCAAGGCCUUGGUUCCAGUCCUUCCAACAAAUAUGGAAGCACUUGCAGUAGUUCCCUUUAACUCAAAACGUAAACACAAUGAACUUUCGCAACGUAGGACUAGGAGACCCUUCUCUGUGGCAGAAGUGGAAGCCCUGGUUGAAGCUGUUGAAAAACUUGGGACUGGAAGGUGGCGCAAUGUUAAAAUGCGUGCAUUUGAGGAUGCAGAUCAUAGAACUUAUGUGGACUUGAAGGAUAAAUGGAAGACCCUUGUUCAUACUGCAAGCAUAGCCCCCCAGCAACGUAGGGGAGAGCCCGUGCCACAGGAGUUGUUGAAUCGAGUCCUGGCUGCACACACAUAUUGGUCGCAGCAUCAACCUAAACACGGAAAGCAUCAAGUCGAACCACUGCAAAUCACUGAUUCUCCGGUCGAUAUGGUAGGAGCUUGAAGAAGGUUUCUGAUUGUGAAGAUGAAAAAUUUAUGUAGGAAAAUUGAUAUAACCAUGAACUGUACAAAUAAAGUAUUAUGUUUAAGUUUCAUUUAGCAUUCUCACA